AUGAUGUCGUCAACGCCUCCCAGCGGCCCACCAAGUCCGACCCUCUUCGUAACGGGCCUCCCCGUCGAUUGCACCAACGAGUUUUGCAUGUCGAUCUUCGGCCAGUACGGCAUCGUGAAGGAUGCCAGGAUGCUCCCAGUGUUGCCGGGCAAAACGGCAGCCGCAGCUGUUGUGGAGAUGAACACGGCAGAUGAUGCGAAGUGGAUCGUGGAGCACGUCAACGGCAACGUCCCGCAGAGCCUGACCACCCCUGUCACCGUGACCUUCAAAUUCAAAGGAAAAGGCUUCGGCAAGGGCAAAAAUCCCCUACUGGAGGGGGGUCUUGCGCCCGGCUUGGAUCUCUCUGCCCUCAGUGGUGCCCUUGCGGCCGCAGGAAAAGGCGGCGACGAGGGAGGGAAAGGCAUGCCGGGUGCAAAUCCAGCUGUGGCGGGCUUGUUGCAGCUCCUGGUUCCCUUGGUGGGCGCCGUGGCAGGGAUGAAUGGAGGCGGCAAGGGCGGUUGGUAUCCACCCAGGCCACCCCCUGGCAUGCAGAUUUGCAGGUACUACGAAGCAGGAAUGGCGUGCCCCAGAGAUGGCUGCACAUUUUGGCACGGCGAUGGCUCGGAUGGCAAGGGCGCGGGGAAGGGGCCAGACCCGAGCAUGGGCCAAGCUAUGUUGGGCAACGGCGCACCAGGCUACAUGUAA